AUGCCGCCUCCACCACAUAUCCGGCCUGAGAAUGUGCUCAGACGAGCACAAGAGCUCAUUGCCGUUGACCAAACUCAAGCCGCCCUCAAUGUUCUUCACGAACAUGUUACCUCGAAACGAUCCCGGAAUAGCCCCAUUGCCUCCCUGGAACCGGUCAUGCUCCUCUUCGUUGAAUUGUGUGUCGACCUGCGAAAAGGCAAAUCCGCCAAGGAUGGUCUUUAUCAGUACAAGAACAUUGCGCAAAACACGAACGUGGGCACUAUUGAGCUGGUGUUGAAAAAAUUCAUUGAACUCGCCGAGCAAAAGGUUCAAGAAGCGCAGGCAAAAGCUGAUGAAGUUCAAUCCUCGCUUGAGACUGCGGCGACCUCUACCAACCUCAACAUCGAAGAUCUCGAGGCGACCGAAACCCCGGAAACUAUCCUCCUGGCCACCGUAUCCGGUGAACAAUCUAAAGACCGAACAGAUCGAGCCAUUGUGACACCAUGGCUCAAGUUUCUCUGGGAGACUUAUCGCACCGUUCUGGAAAUUUUGAAGAACAAUGCCCGCUUGGAGGUCAUGUACCAGAGCACCGCACAUCAGGCAUUUGAUUUCUGUCUCAAAUACACCCGGAAGACCGAGUUCCGUCGUCUUUGUGAACUGCUGCGAAACCACGUUCAAAAUGCCGCCAAGUACUCUUCUCAAAUGCAUGCGAUCAAUCUGAACGAGCCCGAUACCUUGCAACGCCAUCUCGAGACUCGUUUCCGUCAAUUGAAUGUGGCCGAUGAACUCGAACUCUGGCAAGAGGCUUUUCGAAGUGUGGAAGACAUCCACAUGCUGUUGACGCUGUCCAAACGUCCGGCAAAGAAUGUCAUGAUGGCAAAUUACUACGAAAAGCUCACCAAGAUAUUCCUUGUCAGCGACAACUUUUUGUUCCAUGCUGCUGCGUACAACAAAUACUACAACCUGCUCCGUCAAUCCGCGGCCGCUGUCGCCGCUGGUCAGACUGCCAAGCGUGAUAACCCGGUCGUCACCGAAGAGACUCUGACCAAGGCUGCAUCGUUUGUCCUGCUCUCUGCACUGGCCAUCCCGGUUAUCAGCACCUCCCGCUCACGUGGAGCACUGGUUGACGUCGAUGAAGCUCGGAAAAACAAGAACAACCGUCUUACCAACCUCCUUAGCAUGCCCUUUGCCCCAACAAGAGCAGGACUCUUUAAGGAUGCUCUCAGCAAGGGCUUGUUGAAGAGAGUGCGACCGGAAAUCAGAGAUCUUUACAAUAUUCUCGAGGUUGACUUCCACCCGCUCUCGAUUUGCAAGAAGAUUUCCCCCAUUCUGGCUCAAAUCGGCGCUGACGCGGAGAUGGAGAAGUACGUGCUCCCUCUCCAGCAAGUCAUUCUCACCCGCCUCUUCCAACAACUGUCGCAAGUGUAUGAGUCCGUUGAACUGAGCUUUGUCACUCGACUUGCUCAAUUCCCGGCCCCAUUUGAGGUGACCCCGGCCAUGAUUGAAAAAUUCAUCAUGAAUGGAUGUAAGAAGGGUGACUUGUCCAUUCGUCUCGAUCAUGUUUCGGGUAUCCUGGCAUUCGACUCGGAUGUCUUCUCUUCGGCGAAAGCCCUUCACCCGGGCAACGCAGCAGGAUCUGCAGAGAGUGAAACUGGUUCCGUUCAACGACUGCAAAACACUCCUGCCGAGAUUGCUCGCUCCCAGCUGACCCGGUUGGCCAAGACGUUGCAUGUUACCUGCAUGUACGUUGAUCCAUCCUACAAUCAAGGCCGUCUAGCUGCGAGGGAGUCGGCACUUGCACGGGCUGAAGCUGGCGCACAACAAGAGCAUGAGAGAAAUCUGGAGAGGCGUAUCGUCAUCGAAAAGAAGAAGGAAGCGUUUUCUGAGGCACUCUCGAAGAGACAGAGAGAAGAAGAAACGCGCCGCCGUAUUCGGGCGCAACAACAAGCAGAGGCCGAAUCUCAGCGUCUGCGUGAUGAAACCAGAGCGCGUGAGCUUAAACGUGUCAAGGACGAACAGGCCCGCAUUCGUCGCCAGGAAAUGGAGAAGCAGCUGGAAGAACUCAAGGGCGGCAUGAAGAUUGAUCUUGAAGAUGUCAACAUCGACGAACUGGAUUCGAACGCCAUCCGCAUGCUGAAAUUGACGCAACUUGAAAAGGAUAAGAAUGAAAAGGACAGUCGUAUCCGCGUCACGGCCAAGCGGAUUGAUCAUCUGGAGCGAGCAUUCCGUCGAGAAGAACUGAAAUACGAAAAAGAGGACUACGAAAAGCAACGCGAGCACGAUCUGAAGAUCUAUGGGCAAACGAAGCAAGACACUCUGAAAGAGGCUCAAGAGAAGCACAAAGAAGGCCUGGCUCUGAAGCAUCGUCUUAGCAGACUUGUCAAGUACUAUGACUCAUUCAAAGGUCAAAUCACAGAACGUCGUGCUGCAGACUUUGAAAGACUCCGCAAGCGAGCGGAGCGGGAGUUUGAAGAAGAGAAGCGGAAGCGUAUCAAGGCGUAUCAUGAAGAGAAGAUUCGGCAACGCCAGGCCCACGAAGCCGAGGAACGACGCAUCCGUGAUGAGGAAGAGCGGCGACAGCGUGAAGAAGAAGAGAAAGCCAGGGCGGAAGCGGAAAAGAGGAGACUCGCGGCAGAUAGAAGAGCUAAGGCUGAGGCAGACCGUGCCGAACGUGAAGAAGCUGCACGGAAACAAAUGCAACGAGAAGAGGAGGCCGCCGCAAGAAGAGCUGCCCGAAAAGCCCCAGCUGCCGAACCACCCUCCUUCUCUCGCGGACCAAGAGAGGCCCCUCCAAUGGACGCUCGAACCAAUUCUCAAGAAGGACGCACUGCUCCCCGGCUCAACUUGGUCGGCAAAUCUGGCGGAGGUAGCUGGCGUGAACGUCAAGCUGCCAAGGAAGCUGCCGCGGCCGCGGGUCAAGCAUCGCCCCUAGCACAAGCUCCAUCUGCUCAAGAAUCAGCGCCUCAACCUCGCCGCCCUGGUGGCUAUGUUCCUCCUCAUAUGCGCGAAGGUGGUGGCUCUCGUCCAGAGGCUCCUCCUUCGCGCGAUCUCCCUACACGCAACACGUCGUCCUCGCCCGCUAACGGCGCUAGUGGUGGCCGAUAUGUUCCCGUCCACAUGAGAGAUGGGGGACGCAGUUUGUCGCAAGAACGUUCUGGAUCACCUGCGCCAGCCAGUGGUGACGAGGUACCCAGACGACCUUCCGCUAUAACAGGAUCAAGUGGGCGAUACGUGCCUCCGAGCAUGCGAAAUCGUCAACAGUAA